CCCUUAUUCAUCCUUUCAUAUGUCUUGAACGUUGUCUUGUGCAAGGCAACUCUCUCGCCAUCACUAAGUGGUAUUGGACUCAUGCACAUGUGACAUUCUCAACCUCGUUUCGGGCCAACGACCAUGUCCUCCCUCCGACCACUACCACAUCCUCCUUCAUAAUGCCCACCUUCACCUCGACCUAUGCAACGCGUCCUCCUCCCACUCUUCCUCCGACCCAGACCACGGCCCCGGUCCACGAAUAUCGAUGUCUAUAUACACGCGAUUUGCACAAAAAGGCAAAGAAAUGGCACGAUGGAUACCUUCGUUUCCAUACCUUCAAUCAACGUGUCAUGGUCUAUGACGAGGCCAGAAACUCGGUGGGAGAUCUUCAUUAUAGACAACAAGAUACCUUUGCACCAGGCAUCGAGAUCCAGCUCGAUCGAGGUCUUUUGGUCGAGGUUGGAGAGCCCAUGGGAGAGACAGCAACCGACCUCACUCCCAUUCUAGACAGACAGCGACCUGAGAAACCACAACAGCCGACCUUCAAGCCACCUCAACCCUCUCGACGCCCCAAAUCUCUCCUUGAAGUCCUAGGUCCAUCCCAGACAAGACAUGCCAGAUCUAGGCUUGCAAUUCAGUCUCCUUAUGAUCAGACUCAUCAAAUAUCGGAUACUUCUCUUGUGCAACCAUCUUCAAAGAAACCCAGACUCUCUUUUCCUUCGACGGUUUCUCAGCAGCCUGCGGCUCCUCUGAGACCGCCCGUUGCCUCGCCUCUGCCUUGCAUGCAUGUUGAACGGGUCCUAGACAUAUCUUCCGAUGACGACACUCCUGAUACUUCGAAGAGUACAGCUGAACCCCUCGCGCUUGCUCAUCAUUCAAUUCCACCUGCUGCGACAACUCUGCAAGAAGCCACAUCGCACCUCAAGAAUAACGAAUUAAACAUGGUGAAAUCCAACAAUUCUGGCUCUAUACGCAAACAUCGACCAGCACCGAAAACCAAGCGAUUGAGUCCAAGUAACAGGUCCACUGCGUCCCGGUGCUCGCCUGUCCAAUCUCCAGCAUAUAAGCACGGUCGAUUACUUCUGUCAGGUCCUCGGCCCAAACCCAAGCUACUUUGUCUUCUACCCCUCCCACGCACUUCAGCAUCACACCGGCCAUUCAUCAACGAUGCCAAGAGCAUUGACGAGCCUACUGGAAUCCUCAAUCCGCCCAUUGAGCUCUCCUCCAGCCUUACUAUAACUAGUCCAUCGCAAUUAUCCACUCCCAGAGUUCUUACUCCAAGGAGCAGCUCGUCGACCCGUAGCGGCCAUCGACUUGGGUUCGAUGGCGAGCUGGACUCUCUGGAGGACAGCCCGCUUUUUCUACCUGAUGAUAAUCAAUUCUCUAAAUCCCCUUCGCAGAGGCCAAUCUUGACGCAGGAAGAGCUCGGGAUAAUGGCCACUUGUGAUGCGCCGCCUUCCUCGCAGAUUGGGCAGACCGAUUCGCCCCUCCAGACGUCGCCAAUGAAACAUGAUCCACUAGAGAAUGCUCACCAUGGAAAUGACAUGCUGUCAAUAGGAGGUUUUCAAGUCUCUCAAUCGGCUUCACCAGCGCGUGACUCGAUUGUUGAUGUCGCCACAUCUCCGAGAGACGCCAUGACGGUUUCAUCACCAGCACAUGGAAGCGUCGGCAGGCCUUUCUCAGGCAGCAACAUACAGACAAGUCCCGUUGGCUCAGCGUUUGCAAAGCGAGCAUCAAGCCAAAGGACACCCCUUGAAUCACUCCCUAAUCCACCUUCUCGACGAAGUCCUUCCGGAUCAGCGUCCCCAUCGAAACUGCGACGACACAUUUUCGACACAGCUGCACUGACCGAGAAAAGAGGCGAAACAGAGCCCAAACUAGCGGGACAGGGUCUUGUUUGUGAAAAGGGACCUUGGAGCGGAGAGGAAGCCUUUCUGUUGUUUGACUGGUGGCCUCCUGGUCUGGAAAGGCCUGCGUAUUGGACAGACUUGGCUCCAAUUCAGUCACGCAGUUUGGCAGUGCCAUUGCCUGUUUUCUCGACCCGCAUUACCACUGCUCGACAAUUUUUUCACGACGAUAUGAACAUGUGACGAUGAUGAUACAUAGGGAAACUCGAAUGGAGACGGUAACAUAGACUUGUAAUGUCAUGUGGUGGCCUCACAUGCCUCACACAUUUUCUACACUGUCAGAUUUCUUCUUUGCUCCUAUAAUGGCACUCGAUUCUAGACGUAAUGGUGCGCGUCGGCUUAGGGAAUCUAAAUU